AUGGAGAGCGGCGUGGUGCGCAUCUUCCAGGAGGACAGGUGUCCCUCGGGACAGUCGGGGGAGUGUAUUCCCAACUUCACCUGGCAGCCCGGAUCAUCGGAUGUCUUCAACUACACCAAUGGCACCUGGGACUCCGAACUCGAGCCCAUGUCGCCCAUCAUCCCCAUCAUAGUCACUGUGUACUCGGUGGUGUUCGUGGUGGGCUUAGUGGGCAAUUGUUUAGUGAUGUAUGUCAUUAUCAGAUACACCAAAAUGAAGACAGCCACCAACAUCUACAUCUUCAACCUGGCUGUGGCCGAUGCUCUAGUUACUACCACCAUGCCCUUCCAGAGCACCGACUACCUGCUCAGCUCCUGGCCGUUUGGGGAGGUGGCGUGCAAAGUCUUCAUCUCUAUCGAUUACUACAACAUGUUCACCAGCAUCUUCACCUUGACCAUGAUGAGCGUGGAUCGCUACGUGGCUGUGUGCCAUCCCGUUAAGGCCCUGGAUUUCCGCACUCCUAUGAAGGCAAAGAUCAUCAAUGUGAUCAUCUGGGUGCUGUCGUCAGCUGCUGGGAUUCCUGCCAUGGUGCUAGGAAGCACUAAUACCAAUAACGUGGGUGAGCCCAGGACUACAGAAUGUGCUUUACAGUUCCCAGAUCCCUACACCUACUGGGACACCCUGAUGAAGAUCUGUGUCUUCAUCUUUGCCUUCGUGGCCCCGCUCAUAAUCAUCACCGUCUGCUACACGCUGAUGGUUUUGCGACUAAAGAGCGUGCGCCUCCUGUCAGGCUCUCGCGAGAAGGACCGCAACCUGCGUCGGAUCACCCGUCUGGUGCUGGUGGUCGUGGCCGUCUUCGUGGUCUGCUGGACACCCAUCCACAUCUUCAUCCUGGUCAAAGCGCUGUCCACCAACGUCCCCGAGACCACCGCCGUCAUGGCCGCCUACUUCUUCUGCGUAGCGUUGGGCUACACCAACAGCAGCCUCAACCCCAUCCUCUAUGCUUUCCUGGAUGAGAACUUCAAGAGGUGCUUCAGAGACUUUUGCUGCCCAGGACUGCAGGGACACAGUGACUGCCAGGGAGUGAGCAGAGUGAGAAGUACCUUGCGAGAUCACACCUACCCCACCGAAGCUCGGGGGGACAUGAGACAGGCCAGGCCCGUAUGACUAGAGAUGAACACCACCUCUAGGCCUUGCCAGAGCUGGGAGGACUCCAAUGAUCUGUGUUUGACUCAAGUCACCACUGCCAUCUGAGCAGAGAGUCUUAUUGUCAAUGAACCUCAUGGAAAUACUAAAACCAAACAUGGUUUGACAUUGAUGACUCCACCAAUACUCUCCUUAAUGAAUCAAUACCCUACUGCAAAUAGUUACUGGAAGACUGAAAUCCACAGCAAUCGAAUCACUCUUUUCAAUUGAGUAAUCUUAGAUUUAUAUCUAAAGACGGCAUGGAUCACCCUCCUUGAAGUUGGCCACGUUGCUACCAGACUUCUCAAAUAGAGCCCACUGAUAAAUCCAACAGUAGCCAUGUUUCCAUGACAGAUUGGCUGCAAAACCUCCGGCAAGCGAUAUUUCAAAACAGUUAAUAUA